CACCUCAUCGUCGCCAUUCCACCUCCACCGCCAUGUCACCCAGCAUGUCCUCCACCGUUCUCCUCCGCCGCACCCUCACCGCCGCCACCUCCACCCGCUCCUUCUCCACCACCCGCCGAGCUCCCGCCUCCCUCCUCUUCGCCCUCGGCCAACUCUCCAACACCCGCGAAACCCAACACUUCGCCAAACGCUCCAAGCUCGAUCACGUUGAACACUCUCCGCCUCUGCAACUCAUUCGUAGCAGUGAAGUCGAUCCUUUCGCUCCGCCGAAGAAAGUAAGAGCUACGAAAGCGAAGGAUGCCACGGCGGGCACAAGAGCUGCGAGCAUCAAGGAGGAGUUUGAGAGGAACAUGGCUCAGUCAGAUGGCAGUGGGGUCGCACCUCUCACGGGUGUGCGCAUGAACGUGGAUACAUCUCCGUGCGAUGCUCAACUGGCGAGUGUCACGCAAGAACUCACGGCUCGACUCGAGCGGUCUGGAAGGGAUAUUCAGGAUCUAGAAAAGGGUCUCGCGGCGGUGCAGAAAGAGUUGGGAUCUCUGGUCAAGACUUUGGGAAUAUUCAUGUUCUUGCUCGUUGGUGGUGUGACGGGUGUAGCGAUGUGGAAUUUCUGGCCGCAAGAGAAGAGUGGGAGGACGGGUGAGGAGUUGGGAAAGAAGGUGGCGCAGAGGACACGGGCUGCGAGGCCCUUGCCGGCGGCUGGAUCGCUGAGGAGGGAUGUUGGGAUCCAGACUGGACUGGGGGCGACGAAUGCGGGUUUGGCGGAGGUGAUGGGCGAGGCGGCUGUGUUGCCUGUUGCUGCGAGUGCUGUGAGUGCUCAGCCUGUGGCACCGGGUGUUCAAGGUGUUCAGUCGACGCAGGAUGAGUGGAGGUGGUACAAGAAUCUGUUCUGGAAGCAGAGGUGA